UCCGCCUCGCACCGAUAUACACACACACACAAACACUCACACACCCUGACAGACAAACACACACACACACACAAUUACAUACAUACACACACAAACACACCCUGUGGAGGCAGCGGGACUUAGCGGAGCUGUGAUCCCGGAGAGGAGACACUGAUGAGCGGAGGAUCAUGGGACGUCAGACCAUCAGCCUGUAACUGAAGAGACUGAAACGCAGCCAGCAGCCAAUCAGACGCUCCGAAAGGUGUGAGGUGUGAGGUGCCCCCCCCCCCAGGUCGUCAUGCAAAGCGUGAAGUGCGUGGUGGUCGGAGACGGAGCCGUGGGGAAGACCUGCCUCUUGAUCUCAUACACAACCGGAGCCUUUCCUAAAGAGUACAUCCCCACCGUGUUCGACAACUACAGCAGCCAGGUGACGGUGGACGGGCGCAUGGUGAGUCUGAACCUGUGGGACACGGCGGGCCAGGAGGAGUACGACCGACUGAGGACGCUCUCCUACCCGCAGACCCACGUCUUCAUCAUCUGCUUCUCCAUCUCAAGCCCCGCCUCCUACGAGAACAUCAAGCACAAGUGGCACCCCGAGGUGUCUCACCACUGCCCCGACGUGCCCAUCCUCCUGGUGGGAACGAAGAGCGACCUGCGGGAGGACGGCGAGACCCAGAGGAAGCUGAAGGAGCAGAGCCAGCUUCCUGUGAGCCACCAGCAGGGGGCGGCACUCGCCAAGCAGAUCCACGCCAUGCGCUACCUGGAGUGCUCGGCAUUGAACCAGGACGGCAUCAAGGAGGUGUUCUCCGAGGCCGUGAAGGCGUACCUGAACCCAACACCUGCCGCCACCAAGAAGUCCUGCGUCCUGCUGUAGAUUCAAGAUUUCAAGGCUUUUAUCAUCAUGUGUUCAGAGCUACAGUGUAGAUAUGUCAAUGAUAAUCUGAGGCCACAGGCUCCUCCCACAGAGCAACACAAUAACACAGAAAUAGAGCAAGAACAGUCUAUAUGCAAAGAGAAUGAACCGGGAUAACAGCAUGUCUUCCGGUCUGAGUUUAGUUCUUUUGAGAUUUGUGGGUUUUUAGUUGGGUAUUUUUGAGGGUUUUUUGGUCUUUGAACCUAAUAUUAUUUAAUUGUUUUAGUUGUGUUUUCUUUUCUAGUCUUGUGGUUUUUAAGUUACAGCAGUUUGAAUGGAUACAAACGGCAGGGUUUUAAUGGAUUUAUAUAUAUUCUAGAUUUAGAGAGUUAUGGUGCGUUCACACCGGACGCCAGGCAAAGAUUUGCAUCGCUUUACAAGUUUUACUCGUUUCAAAAUUGAACUAAAUUUGCAUCUAUGUGCGGCUUUGCAUUGACUUCUUAUUAUGUAAUCACGACGCGCAAACAAUUGGCUUUGCGUCCGCUGUGAACGUACCUUUAGUUUUGGGCUCUGGUUUGAACUCUAGCUGGACAACACUGUGCGGUUCUAGAAAUGCAUUCCAGCCGAUACCGUAUGAUCAGAUCCUCCGCACGGCCUCAGAGCAGCGUUUGAGUUUCAUUAGUUUGUGAGUUUUAUUCCUGUAAACAUGGACAUUUCAAUUCCACAUGUGCAUACUGAACAUGGGGAAUAUACAUUCACCCCAAAGGAACAAGUUACCGUGAAGAGAACUCACAAACUAACAUGCUGUGAAGCCACAAAGUUCCUUAAAGGUCACCUAUUAUUUUAAAUCCUCCUCUUCAUGUCUCUUCUACAUAAACAUGUGUAGAAGAGAAUGAGUAGAAAACAUCGCGUCAUCAAACCGUACAGUUUGUCCGGCUUCACGGGGCUCAAUGUGUGUUUUGGGGGGUGACAAUUAAUUUAAAGCUUGUAUGUAAUGAGUUUUUAAGAAAUAAUUAAAAUCAAGUGAAACUCCA